GACGACACUCUCACUGGAUUCAGCCCAAAUUGCCUGUGCAGCAGGGAUAUUGGUGAUAUUUGACACCGCUAAUUGGCUCAGUGAUGUAUUAAGCUACCUGUGAUGGUGCAAUUUGGAUUGAGAAGACUCCUGCUUGAGCUGUGAACCAUCACAAGUUUACUGAGCCAGCGCUCACCAUGCCACUACUUAGAGACUCCUGCAGGACAUGAUGACAGCUGACAAGGAGAAAAGAAGGGCGAUCAGCCGUGAGGCAGCCAGACGGAGACGGCGAGUGGAGUCUGAUGUGUUUAGAGAUUUAUCUCGCCUCCUACCUCUGCAGCCCUCUGUCCGAGCUCAUCUGGACAAACCCUCCAUCAUCCGCCUCAGCCUCAGCUACAUACGAAUGCACACGUUGCUCAAAGAAACUGUCGGGACAAAUGCAGAGGCCAAACACACAUAUCGAGCAGGGGUGGAAGGCGUCCGGGGACUGGAUUGCUGUGCACAAAGGGACGUGCAAGAAAAAGUGACAGAGGAGCUGAUGUCCUCAGGGGAGUCAAACACAUACUUGAGGAUCCUGGAGGGAUUUCUGAUGGUCCUGUCCACUGAGGGAGACAUGAUCUUCCUGUCUGAUAAUGUCAGCAAGUACAUGGGAUUAACACAGACUGAAUUGAUGGGGCACAACAUCUUUGAGUACACUCACCCCUGUGAUCAUGAGGAGAUUCGACAUAACCUCCGUCUGAAUGCAGAGGAGGUUUAUAGCUCUCAGAAGAGGGACUUUAUCUUGAGGAUAAAAAGCGCUCUGACACACAGAGGAAGAAGCACUAGCCUCAAGUCUGCGACAUGGAAGGUUCUGCACUGCCAGGGCAGAGUAAAGACGCGUGUGGCCUCGUCUUCUGUUUCCUGUAUACAGCUAACCUGCCGGCCCCUGCCUCUCUCACACACACUUCUCAGCUCCCACAGCUUCACAAGCCAGCACAGCAUGGACAUGCGGUUCACAUAUUGUGACCAAAGAGUGACGUCUCUUUUGGGGUACAGGCCCGAGGAGCUGCUGGGCCGUUCCAUUUACGAUCUCUGUCACACUCUGGACACAAACUGUCUGAACAAAAACCACCUCAACUUGUGUUUGAAGAGUCAGUCGGUCAGUGGUCAGUACAGGAUGCUGGUGAGAGGGGGGGGUUAUGUGUGGGUGGAGAGUCACGGCGCCGUCAUCCCCAGUGUCCGGACCUCCAAAACCAGAUCCAGCUCUCACCAGCCACUCUGCAUCCUCUGUGUGACCUAUGUUCUCAGUGGGGUGGAGGAGCCAUCUCUCAUGCUCUCCUUGGACCAGACUAUCAACAGUUACCUGUUCUGAGAGCAGAGUCUGAGGAACAAACACAACGAAAGACAUCUGUGCGUCUUUCUUUUGGGAUUUCUACAUAUUUUUUGCCUGAAUGAGCUUUCAAUAAAUGUGAACUUUCUGA